CAGAUAUGCGUGCAUUGUAUAGAGCGUACACAGUCGAACGUCGCACGGAGAAUGACAUUUAAAAUUCACCACUGAGAGCACGACAAUAAGAAGGUAGCGGAAGGAAAGGGUGCGCAAGGAGAGGGUAGCACGUUGGUACGUUGUGAGUAGUCGUCACAUGGAGCAUCCUGAGUAGCCGAGCUAGACGAAAAACAGCAAUCAUGGACCAACUCGACAACGAUCUGGACCAACACUUGCUGCACCAAUUCAGUUGUCUCGGUACUACAGACAAAGACGAUCUGGUGAAGCAGUUGCAGAAGAUGCUGGCAGGCAGCCACCUGAACGAGACCACCGCCGAGUUCUUCCUGGACAUGAACAAUUGGAAUCUGCAAGCAGCAAUUUGCAGCUACAUCGAUUUUGAGUCGCCUUUCAAAACCCCUUGCAUGACAUUAAUAUGCGACAGUACAAUCGGCGAGGGAGAAGCUGUGCCACCCAACACAAACUUUCAGAAAUCAUGGCGUGUACAAAAUAGUGGUACAGAGGCUUGGCCGAGUGGGAUACAUUUGCAGCAUACUAGUGGAAUACCUAUGAGUUGCUUGCGGAUACCAGUUCCGCCGUUGGGUCCAAAAGAGACUACAGAAUUGAGUGUAACACUGACAAGUCCAGCCGAAACCGGUGUCUAUCAAAGUAAAUGGAGAAUGAUGACAUCAAAUGGUAUCUAUUUUGGUGACGUUAUCUGGGUGAUCAUAACAGUAAAUGAAUGCGGAACAUUGGCAGUUACUCAACAGCUGCAUCAUUUAAGUACACAAUCUAACGAUGUACAAAUGUGCUAGCCUUUGACGUACAAAAAUCUCCCCUCCUAAAAAGGAUUUAUGGAAUAUUGCAUAAGGUGUCUCUUAGAUCAUUAGGGAUCGACAGUUAUUUCUAAAUUUUGUAUAGGCCGCUUUUCCACAAUGGAGCUUUCAUUGCUCCUGCACAUCCUAAAAAAAUUGCUAUUGUAUAUUAAAAAUAGCUUUCAACAAUAAAGGAUACCAUAUGAAUUUGGCUAUACAUUUACGCCGAUUAAAAUAUUAAUAAAAUAUGGAAUUAGUUGAAAAAAAUGUAUUUUGAAAAAUAUUUUUGCGACAAAAGUUUUAUUUGCAUCUCUUUAAGUUAGAGAAAUAAUUCUUUGUGUAUAGUGCAAAAGUAAUUAUUUCCAUUGUUUGUUCUUAUUGAAAAGAUGAAGGAUAUCGAAUUUAUACAUAUUAUACGAGAAUUACAUAAUUUUGUUACACUUAGCAACUGCUUGUAUAAGGCCUUUUAUGAUCGUCCAUGCUUGUCGAUCGUACUGCGCGUAAUCGAUUGAAGUUGCGUUUGUGUGAUAUAGAAGCUGAGGGAUAUGCAUGUGAUGAUUUUUACUGGAAAAAAAAGAAAAUGAUCGUGAUGGAUUUGCAUGGACUGCGUGCGAUUGGUAUUGAAGAUAUAUAAUUAAGAUACAUUUAAAAAUAUAAUUUUUAUUAGAAAAUAAAGUCUUAUUAUAUAGGGCUAGGGAAUUACAAGUAUAUAAAAUAUAUUCACUUUCGUCUCCAGUUUAAAAAAAAUUUAAGUUAUUAGAAAUAAUUUUUUACACAUCUAUCUUAAAUCGAAAAAAAAUACUGUAAUUGAAAGUACUACAAUUGAAUCAGGCGCUUGAACACCUGAUUGCAAAUAUAUCCGAUUACUGAUUAUAUGAAUACUGGUUUACAGAAAAUCUAGUAUGUAUGUUGGUUUUUACUUUAAGUACGCCAAAUGAGAAAAUCAACGUCAUUUUAUGAACUACGAAUGUUUUGGCAGUGAAAUGUAAGUUUUACAGUUUACACAAGCAUAAAUCUUCUUCAUUCUUCUUGUAAUAAUAAACGAAGUUAUAUUAUAAAUAUUAUAAAGGAAGUUUUUAAGGCGUGUAGCUCAAACCGCCAUCUUCAUAUGAAUUUUGGAGUGCGGUUUAUAAUCAAUUAAUUCGAAAUCUUCGGCAACAAAGUCAUCAAUACUUUUGACUUCUCUAACUAUUUUUAAUUUUGGAAAUUCUCGUGGUUCACGUUGUAUCUGUUCCUCAAGAGCGCUUACAUGGUUGACAUAGACAUGACAGUCGCCCAUUGUAUGUACAAAUUCUCCUGGCUGAAAAUAAAGGUAGAUAUAACAAGA